AUGCCCCGUCACUGCUCUGCUACUGGCUGUUGCACUCGUGAUAUACCUGAAACACGCAACCGAGGCAUUUCUUUCCAUCGAUUGCCAAAGGACAAUCCACGGAGAACCACAUGGUUGGAGAAUUGUCAGCGGAAGGACAUGAGUGGGCAGGGUCUCUGGGACCCUGCCUCUAAAUAUGUUUAUUUUUGCUCCAAGCACUUUGAGAAGAAUUGCUUUGAACUAGUGGGCACCAGCGGCUAUCAUCGCCUCAAGGAAGGCGCAGUUCCUACGAUAUUUGAGCCUCAAGCAAAGCCACGCCGGAAGCCUAAAUUAAACAGUUCCAAAUUUGCAAAAUAUCAACAGAAGCAGAGCCGUGGCUGCUAUCCUGCCGAGGAGACCACUACACUGUGUAUGGAUGUCUCUUGCUUCCCCAUGCAAGAGCUGCCAAGUCCCGGGGCUGCUCCCACUACUGGUGAGCUUCGAAGCCAGCCCAAUCUCCCAGGGUCAGAACCAGAGAAUUUGGCCACUCUGUCAGACGUACCCCUGGAACGAUCACCCGCUGCCACUGGCCAAGAAGAGGCCUCUCAAUCUCCGGCUCUCCCAGAACCUGUAGGGGAUCCAUCUCAACCCGUUUCUCUCUCCCUCUACAUGCUGCGACUACCACCCCCGGCUGGUGCCUACAUCCAGAAUGAGCACAGCUACCAGGUGGGUAGCGCCUUGCUCUGGAAGAGGCGGGCUGAGGCAGCACUUGAUGCUCUAGGAAAAGCACAGCGGCAACUGCAGGCUUGCCGCCGACGCGAACAGAGACUCCGCCUGCGCAUCUGCGAGUUGCAGCGUGAACGGCGGCCACACGGUGCCGAGACGCACCGGCGGUUUAAGGAACACCUGCAGGUCUUUGAAUUGCAGCUCCUGAAUGACACUGAGUGACUUGAAUCAGCCCAGACUUACCUCGUUUUGUGUGGUGGUGAAGGCAGCGUUGCAAACUGGGGCCGUCAUUAUUUUCCAUCUCCAAGGUGCGUGGUAGCAAAACCUGGGGCUCUACGAACUUGGAAGCCUCUUCGUGCAACCCUGUUUCCCUUUCACCAUUCCUGUUUAUAUCUGUAAGUGAAUAUUUCUGAUUGCCGGAAGACAGAUUCAGGAAAGACAUUUAUUUUGAUGAUUUCGUUAUGGUGCUGCCCUCGAGGGUCAUAAUACUUCUUUUUUUAAAAGCUGCUUGAUAUAUUGAAUUUAGAGCUUGUCAUGGUUGCCCAACUGAAGAAGAAUCUUUUUGAUGCUUUAAGUUAUAAGGCUGUAUGAUAAAGAUAUUAUCACAAAAAAACCUUUUUCCUAGCAUAUUCCUGCAGGUGCAGGGUCCGCUUAUGGUCACACACAAAAAACUCCCCAUCAGAACUCAACAAAACCAAUAUAUUUGCAUGUAUCAUAUUGCCAGACAAAUACGGUAAUGGUUUAAAUCUGAAUUACAUAAAGAGAAAAAGUGGCUCUUUAUUUUUGGACCUCUGAAGGAUAAUUUUGUACAAAACAUUUUAGCUGUUUUGGUAUGUAAGCGGCUAGGCCACAAAUUUAGACACGGUUUGAAGCAAAAGUUAAUUGCUGGAGCUGAGAGAACGUAAAUAUGAAAUUUCAGGAGAAUACUUUAAUACUGAAAUAAUGAAGAGAAAGUUUUGGUUCACAAAAUUAUGUCAACCCUGUUAUGUUUUGAGUAAGAACUUUUCUAGAUGUGUGCUCCUCACAUAAUACUUUUCAGAAUAUUUUACUCACUAUACAAGAUGUUUUGGAUUCUCAUUCUGUUUUGUAAUUAGGAAACUACUUGUGUGCAAGAAUCUCUUGCUGGAUCAAGGGACUGAUAUUCUGCUCUUAAGUAAAAUCAUUUUAAUAUAAUUUUAUUAAGAAAUGUGAUUACAAUUGUAAUAAGUAAAAUUUCUGUGGCUUAAUGUACAGUUAGUCCCCAAGUUACAACCACAGUGGAAUUGCUAAGGGAAACCUGUGUAAAAUGAGUUUGUUCCCAUUGUACGACUUCCCUUGCCACAGUUGUUAAAUGAAUCAUUGCGUUUGUUAAAUUUAGUAAUGUGGUUGUUAAGUGAAUCUGGAUUACCCAUUGACUUUGCUUGUCAGAAGGUCACAAAAGGAGAUCAUAUGACCUCGGGACAUAGCAACCGUCAAAAAUAUGAAAUAGUUGCCAAUUUUGGAGUUUUGAUCAUGUGACCAAGGGGAUGUUGCAGCAUAAAAGUGUUACACUUUUAUGUGUCACAUUUUUGUGUUAUGACACAAAAAGUGUCAUGUCGCUUUUUUCAGUGCUGCUGUAACUCGAGGACUACCUGUUCUGAGAUCAGCCAAGGUUCUGCUGUCUCAAGAGAGCCAUCAAUAUUCUGUCAAUAAAUAAAU